ACGACGAAGAGCAGCUAACCACUGUCGUCGUCGCGCACAAUGUCGCAGUAUCCACGAACCCACUCGCACGAAGGGCUCUACCCAGCCGCGUCGCCCCCACCGUCCGACUCACAUGGUCAUGAUCCGUUCAACGCACCCCAACACACCCUCCCACACAGAUACUACGACAACGACUCGGACCAACUGGAUCAACCUCUUCGGCGAGACACCCUUGGUUCUGACAGUAGCAACGGACCUGCAGAUGCUGAGCGCUAUUACGACCACCACGGCGCAUAUGACCCGUAUUCCCAACAGGACACGGACUCGGACUACGAUGUCAACGGACCUCAUUACGUGCCAUCCGCGGAAUCCUUGGGCCCUCCUCAACGAAUGGGCAUCUCGGAAUCAUCAACGCCUACUUUUGUCGACUACGGGCCAACGAACGGGCGUGAGCCGUAUCCAGCUUGGACCGCUGAGCGGCAGAUCCCGUUGUCGAAAGAGGAAAUCGAGGAUAUCUUUCUCGAUCUGCAACAGAAAUUUGGCUUUCAACGUGAUUCAAUGCGUAACAUGUUUGAUUUCCUGAUGCAGCUUCUCGACAGUCGUGCUUCGCGCAUGCCGCCUGCUCAGGCCCUUCUUACUCUCCACGCAGACUACAUUGGUGGGCAAAACGCAAACUAUCGCAAAUGGUACUUCGCCGCCCAGUUGGACCUUGACGACGCUGUUGGCCAGACCCAGAAUCCUGGUCUCAACAGAAUCAAGUCCGUGAAGCGACGGACCGGUCGGGGGGCUGAGAAACAACUCAACAGUGCUCUCGAGCGGUGGCGGCAGGCGAUGAACAAUAUGAGCGCGUAUGAUCGAAUGCGCCAAAUCGCCCUGUAUCUCCUUUGUUGGGGCGAAGCGGCGCAAGUUCGCUUCGUGCCCGAGUGCUUGUGUUUCAUUUUCAAGUGCGCGGACGACUACUACCGUAGUCCGGAGUGCCAGAACCGUGUCGACCCGGUUCCGGAGGGGCUUUACUUGCAUGCGGUCAUCAAGCCCCUGUACCGUUUCAUACGUGACCAGGGAUACGAGGUGGUCGAUGGCAAGUUCGUCAGGAGAGAGAAGGAUCACGAUCAGAUCAUCGGGUACGACGAUGUCAACCAGCUGUUUUGGUACCCAGAAGGCAUCGCACGGAUUGUGCUCACGGAUAAGCAACGCCUUGUUGAUAUACCGCCGGCCCAAAGAUUUAUGAAGUUCGAUCGCAUUGAUUGGAACCGUGUUUUCUUCAAGACAUACUACGAAAAGCGGAGUUUUGGUCAUUUGCUCGUCAACUUCAACCGGAUAUGGGUCAUCCACGUUUCCAUGUACUGGUACUACACUGCCUUCAAUUCCCCUACCAUCUAUGCACCUAGCGGUACCAGCUCUCCCUCGGCUGCCAUGCACUGGUCAGCCACGGCACUCGGUGGUGCUGUAGCCACGGGCAUCAUGAUACUCGCCACGCUCGUGGAGUUCACGUACAUCCCCAUGACCUGGAACAACACAUCUCAUCUCACCCGUCGGCUCCUUUUCCUGUUUGUAACCCUCGCGCUGACUGCUGGCCCUACGAUUUACAUCGCGAUCGCGCAAGGCAACAAGAACACUGGUUCGCUAUCGCUCAUCCUUGGUAUCGUCCAGUUCUUCAUCUCCGUCGUCGCCACCCUCCUUUUCGCUAUCAUGCCUUCGGCACGGAUGUUCGGCGACCGAGUGGCUGGCAAGAGUAGGAAGUAUCUCGCCUCGCAGACGUUCACGGCCAGCUAUCCCUCUAUGCGCACUCCGGCUCGGCUCGGCUCCGUCUUGUUAUGGUUCCUUAUAUUCGGGUGCAAACUCACCGAAUCCUACUUCUUCCUCACCCUUUCUUUCCGCGAUCCCAUCCGCGUGAUGGUUGGGAUGAAGGUUCAGGGAUGUAAUGACAAGCUCUUCGGAAACGCCCUCUGUCGUAACCAGGCAGCAUUCACCCUCACGAUCAUGUAUAUCAUGGACCUCGUCCUGUUCUUCCUGGACACGUUCCUGUGGUAUGUCAUUUGGAACACGGUCUUCAGCAUUGCCCGAAGCUUCGCUCUGGGAUUGUCGAUCUGGACCCCGUGGAAGGAUAUCUUCACCCGUCUACCCAAGCGGAUCUACGCCAAGAUUUUGGCAACGCAGGACAUGGAAGUCAAGUACAAGCCCAAGGUCCUCGUAUCGCAGAUUUGGAACGCGAUCAUCAUCUCGAUGUAUCGCGAGCAUUUGCUCUCCAUCGAGCACGUGCAGAAGCUUCUGUACCACCAGAUCGACACUCCGGAUGGCCGUCGUAGUCUUCGUGCACCGCCUUUCUUCCUAUCCCAGAAUGACCCGAAACUCAAGGGGGAGUUCUUCCCUGCGGGCAGCGAGGCGGAGCGCCGGAUUUCUUUCUUCGCUCAGAGCUUGACGACUGCCGUGCCUGAGCCGCUUCCCGUGGAUGCCAUGCCGACGUUCACGGUCCUAACCCCCCACUACAGUGAAAAGAUUCUCCUGUCGCUUCGUGAAAUCAUUCGUGAGGAGGAUCAGCAUGCGCGAGUCACGCUUCUUGAGUACCUCAAGCAGCUUCAUCCGGUUGAGUGGCAGAACUUCGUCAAAGAUACAAAGAUCCUUGCGGAAGAAUCCGAGAUGUACAACGGGCCCAGUCCGUUCGGUGAUGAAAAGGGUAACGCCAAGACGGAUGACCUACCCUUUUACUGCAUCGGCUUCAAGAGUGCUGCCCCGGAGUACACUCUUCGCACCCGCAUCUGGGCUUCACUGCGCGCGCAGACGCUCUACCGGACGGUGGCCGGCAUGAUGAACUAUGCGAAGGCUAUCAAGCUCCUCUAUCGCGUUGAGAAUCCGGAAGUCGUUCAACUGUUUGGCGGCAAUACCGACAAACUUGAGCGCGAACUCGAGCGCAUGUCACGUCGCAAGUUCAAGUUCAUCGUCUCCAUGCAACGAUACUCGAACUUCAACAAGGAGGAGCACGAAAACGCUGAGUUCCUGCUGCGCGCGUAUCCGGACCUGCAAAUUGCGUACCUGGAUCAGGAACCCCCGCGCAAGGAAGGGGGUGACCCUCGCUUAUAUUCGGCUCUCAUCGACGGUCAUUCGGAGUUCGUCCCUGAAACCGGCCGCAGGCGCCCCAAAUUCCGCAUCGAACUGCCCGGCAAUCCUAUCCUUGGAGACGGAAAAUCGGACAACCAGAAUCAUGCCAUCAUCUUUUAUCGCGGUGAAUACUUGCAGCUUAUCGAUGCCAAUCAAGAUAACUACCUCGAAGAGUGCCUCAAGAUCCGCAAUAUUUUGGGCGAAUUUGAGGAAUACUCCGUCGCAAACAACCAGAACCCGUAUUCGUCUUGGGGUGCCAAUCCGAAGACCCAGCACGUGCCGGUUGCCAUCGUCGGUGCCCGCGAGUACAUUUUCUCGGAGAACAUUGGUAUACUUGGUGACCUUGCCGCCGGCAAGGAGCAGACGUUUGGUACGCUUGCCGCUCGGUCGCUCGCUUGGAUCGGCGGCAAGCUCCACUACGGCCAUCCGGAUUUCCUGAACGGGCUUUUCAUGAACACUCGGGGCGGUGUCUCGAAGGCGCAGAAGGGUCUUCAUCUUAAUGAAGACAUUUACGCUGGCAUGAACGCAUUCGGACGAGGAGGCAGAAUCAAACAUACUGAAUACUAUCAAUGUGGCAAGGGUCGUGACCUCGGCUUCGGUACCAUCCUCAACUUCACUACAAAGCUAGGGACUGGCAUGGGCGAGCAGAUGCUCAGCCGGGAGUACUAUUAUCUAGGCACGCAGCUUCCCAUCGACCGGUUCUUGACUUACUACUACGGUCACCCUGGCUUCCACAUCAACAACAUGCUCGUCAUCUUGUCCGUGCAGGUUUUCAUCGUAACAAUGGUCUUCUUGGGGACCCUUAACUCCCAACUCACGAUCUGCAAGUACACGUCUUCUGGACAGUUCAUUGGUGGCCAGGGUGGCUGUUACAACCUGGUGCCCGUUUACGACUGGAUUGAUCGUUGCAUAAUCAGCAUCUUCUUGGUGUUUAUGAUUGCGUUUUUACCCUUGUUCCUCCAAGAGCUUGUUGAACGAGGAACGGUGCGGGCCAUACUUCGACUUGGGAAGCAGUUCAUGUCGCUUUCUCCGGUAUUCGAGGUUUUCUCGACGCAGAUAUACACGCAUUCGAUUCUCAGCAACCUAACAUUCGGAGGCGCCCGUUACAUCGCUACCGGACGUGGAUUCGCGACGUCACGUAUCUCGUUCGCUAUCUUAUACUCGCGGUUCGCCGGACCUAGCAUUUACUUCGGCAUGAGGACCCUUCUCAUGCUUCUCUACGUCACGGUCUCGCUUUGGACUCCGUACCUCAUCUACUUCUGGAUCUCCACCUUGGCCCUUUGUGUUGCGCCAUUCAUGUUCAACCCUCAUCAAUUCGCGGUGACGGACUUCAUCAUUGAUUAUCGAGAGUUUUUGCGCUGGAUGAGUCGUGGCAAUUCGCGCUCUCACAACAACUCCUGGAUUGGAUAUUGCCGCUUAAGCCGUACGAUGAUCACAGGUUACAAAAAGAAGAAACUUGGCAAACCGUCGGAGAAAUUAUCCGGUGACGUCCCACGAGCUGGGUGGAGGGCUGUCAUCGUUUCGGAGGUUAUCUUCCCUAUCGUCAUGGCGAUCCUCUUCACCGUCGCCUACAUGUUCGUGAAAUCGUUCCCCGUUGAAGGCAAGACUCCACCAAGCCCGCUUAUCCGGAUUGCCAUAAUUUCCCUCGGACCAAUCGUCUGGAACGGUGCGGUGUUGCUCGUGCAGUUCAUGAUUUCGCUGUUCUUGGGACCCAUGCUCGAUUCCUCGUUCCCGAAGUUCGGUUCAGUGAUGGCAUUCGUUGUUCAUAUCCUUGGCGUAGCCGGCAUGAUUGCUUUCUUCGAGUUCCUGUGGUUCCUCGAAGUUUGGAACUUCCCCCACGCCGUGAUUGGCCUGAUUGCCGUGAUCGCGAUCCAGCGCGCCGUACACAAGGUCCUUAUCUCAGUGUUCCUCUCUCGUGAAUUCAAGCACGACGAAACCAACCGGGCUUGGUGGACCGGCAAGUGGUACGGCCGCGGGCUGGGCAACCACGCUAUGUCGCAGCCUGCGCGCGAGUUCGUCGUCAAAAUCAUCGAGCUGUCGCUCUGGAGCUCCGACUUGCUUAUUGGUCACUUCCUGUUGUUCAUGUUGACGCCGCCUCUUCUCAUCCCAUAUUUCGACCGCAUCCACGCGACGGCGCUUUUCUGGCUUCGCCCUUCGAAGCAGAUAAGACCACCACUGUAUUCCCUCAAGCAGAAGAAACAACGGCGAUGGAUCGUACUCAAAUACGGCACAAUCUACCUGCUUGUUAUCGGCAUAUUCGCGACGCUCAUCACCGUCCCGGCGGUGUUGCGGUCGUCACUCAACAUUCACUGUUCGAUUUGUGAGAACUUGUAAUGGACUAUAUCUCUAUACAUACCCUAGACAUUUGUACGUUCUUUCUUCCGAUUGCUGCUAUCUGCAUUCGAGGACAUUAGUUAGUACCUGCAUCACUGCGUCGGCCUCGGACAUUGCCCCAUUAUCGC